AUGGAGGAAGAUAUCUCAAGGAGAUGCAGAGGCACCAAGGGAAAAUUCUGUCGGCAUUACUGGGAACAGACUCCUAUUGCAGCCUCUCCUGCACCUCGAGGCAGUCAACAGUGCCCCAACGACUGCUCCGGGGCGGGAGUAUGCAAUGCAGACACCGGAAGAUGUGCUUGUAUGGCCGGCUGGGACGGUGGAGACUGCUCUGUCAGAGACGAGCGCCCCUGCACAAACACAUGGCGAACCACAGGCACUGCGGUUAUGAAGGCACCAGCGUCCCUCUCAGAGCCUGGUUGGACCGCAUCCAGAUGUGGAGGUGGUGUGUGCGAUACGAAUCUUGGAGCAUGCUAUUGCAAUGGCACAAAGGGUCAUGUCCCAGCAGCGCCUGACACUCUCCCAGGCACAUUGUUCUCUCAAAGAGGCCGCCCAAUGAUUCUGGGCCAGUGCAACCCCAGCAAGGAUGAUGACGGCAAUCCCACAGACUGGGCUUUUGUAGAUCCUGAGCUCCUGUACGGCUCUCAAGGCUGGUGUGAGGCCGAUGAACCUGUACAUCACUGUGCUUGCCUGAUUGAUGGCGUGGCUGGGCCCACCUGUGACGAACCCACAGAGAUGUUCUGUCCCAAUCAGUGCAGCGGACGUGGGGAGUGCUGGUUUGGAUUCUGCAGAUGCCAUCAUGGCUGGUAUGGGCAUGAUUGUGCCCAGCUGGCAUCGGGAGCCCCAAUAACAGGCAGGCUCUUGCACGAAGCUCCCUGGCUGGAAGAUGUGACUGUGGAGCCCUCUGUGUCAGACAAACUGCCAGAGAAGGAUGCAGGGUUGCGCAUGCGCCCAUUGAUCUACAUGGUUGAACUGCCUCCAAUCUACAACUCGCGCAUGCUGCAGUACAGAAUCCACAAGGAUACCUGUACAUGGAGAGGCUUUGACAGCGGGAAUGCUUCCUUCAUAACUGACUGGACUUAUCAGAUAGAGCCGGCGUUGCAUGAAAUGCUGCUGCAGAGCCCACACAGGACGCUCGACCCUGAGGCGGCUGACUUCUUCUAUGUCCCAGUCUACACCAGCUGCUUUAUACACCCUGUCUAUGGCUGGGCAGACACUCCUUGGUUCCACAACCCUGGAAGUCCUCGAGUGAUGCAUGCAGCGACAAUGAUGUUGGAGGCAAAGAGGUGGCUCGAGACAGAACUGCCAUACUGGAAUCGGACAGGGGGCAGGGACCACAUCUGGCUCAUUUCCCACGAUGAGGGCUCCUGCUGGGCACCCUCAGAGAUCCGGUCUUCCAUCAUCCUGAGUCACUGGGGCCGAAAGGCGCUGGACCACGAGUCCUAUUCGGCCUACCCUUUUGACAACUACAGCGACAAUGCAGUGCACCCAGAGUGGCGGCCGCAUGGGUGGCGCCACAUCAUCGAGGGCCAUCCCUGUUACGACCCCGACAAGGAUCUCAUCAUCCCAGCAUUUGUGCCCCCGGCUCGCAUUGUGCCAUCGCCGCUGACAGGAGCUCGUGAGGAUCCACGGCCCUUACUGCUCUUUUUCAGAGGGGAUGUGGGGCUCAAUCGGAGGCCCCAUUACAGCAGGGGUAUUCGCCAGCGCAUCUAUGCUCUGUCAAAGGAACAGCGAUGGAGAGAGAAGUACAGAAUCUGGAUAGGCACAAAAGAGGACACCCCAGGAGGCUACUCUGAACUCCUCUCAUCUUCAAAGUUCUGCCUUGUUGUGCCAGGGGAUGGCUGGAGUCCCAGAGCAGAGGAUGCGAUGCUGCAUGGGUGUGUGCCGGUAGUGGUGAACGAUGGGGUGGAUCAAGUGUUUGAGACUCUUCUGGACUGGGAGGAGUUUGCUGUGCGAAUUCCCGAGAGAGAAAUGGAGUUUUUGCCGGAGAUAUUGCUGUCAAUCUCGCCCUCAAGGCUUCAGCAGCUGCAAAAGGGGGUGCGGCGUGUGUGGCACCGGUUCAUGUACAGGGCGCUCCCCCUUCUCCGUCGCGAGUUGCUGUCACUAGGUGCUGUAGAUGAGCAGCCUGAGCUUGGCCAAUAUGCCUCACAGAUUGAUCCACGUUUGUUGGCACAAGUUGGAGAGGAUGAUGCCUUGACUACUCUGAUGCAAUGGCUGUAUGAACGGAUGAAACAGGAAGCAAACAUUUAA